CGCUCCGCUCCACGCUACGCUGCGCUGUUGCCGCGCUGUUGCCGUCACCAUUGCCGUCUGUGGUCUACGCCAACCGAUCGGCGACCGCGUUCAAUCGUCCUGCUGCCUAAUCGUUGCGCUGAACUGCGAGUGUCAUCGAUAACCUAUGGCAGAAGGGAAUGGAGAGAUAAAAAUGGAAGAAAAACAAGAAAUGGAAAAUGUAGAACGGACAGAAGAUUUUAACAAACUCAUGCAAUACGGGCUAGACGAGAAAGUGGCUGCCAAAUUGGAUGAAAUUUAUAAGACGGGAAAAUUAGCUCAUAUCGAUCUGGAUGAAAGAGCUCUUGAUGCCUUGAAGGAAUUUCCAGUUGACGGUGCACUAAACGUGCUUACACAAUUUCUGGAAUCCAACCUGGAACAUGUAUCCAAUAAAUCGGCAUACCUUUGUGGAGUAAUGAAGACGUACAGACAAAAGAGUCGUGCUGGUCAAGGUACAGGCACCAGCACGACACCUAAGGCCCCAGAUGAAGAUAAAAUCAAAUUAAUUCUGGAAAGAACGGGAUAUCCUUUGGAUGUAACUACUGGACAAAGAAAAUAUGGUGGUCCUCCACCAAAUUGGGAGGGUCCAACUCCUGGCACUGGUUGCGAGGUAUUUUGUGGCAAAAUCCCAAAAGAUAUGUAUGAAGAUGAAUUAAUUCCAUUAUUUGAGAAAUGUGGAAAAAUUUGGGACUUGAGACUGAUGAUGGAUCCCAUGUCAGGUUCCAACAGAGGAUACGCAUUUAUCACAUUCACUAAUAGGGAAGCUGCGCAGCAAGCUGUUCGAGAGCUGAAUGAUUAUGAGAUUCGGAAAGGGAAAAAGAUUGGUGUUACCGUAUCUUAUAACAAUCACCGCUUGUUUGUGGGAAAUAUUCCAAAGAAUCGAGACCGAGAUGACUUGUUCGAAGAGUUUACAAAGCACGCACCUGGCCUGACAGAGGUGAUUAUCUACAGUUCACCAGAUGACAAAAAGAAGAAUAGAGGUUUUUGCUUUUUGGAAUACGAAUCUCACAAAGCAGCUUCCUUAGCCAAGCGAAGGUUAAGCACUGGACGUAUUAAAGUUUGGGGAUGUGAUAUUAUUGUUGAUUGGGCCGACCCUCAAGAAGAGCCAGACGAACAAACCAUGUCCAAAGUACGUGUGCUUUACGUACGAAAUUUGACGCAAGAUUGUUCUGAAGAAAAACUGAAGGAAAGCUUUGAACAAUAUGGCAAAAUUGAACGAGUGAAAAAAAUCAAGGAUUAUGCAUUUAUACACUUUGAAGAUAGAGAUAAUGCUGUUAAGGCAAUGAACGAAUUAAAUGGUAAAGAAAUGGGUGGAUCGCACAUAGAAGUUUCAUUGGCAAAACCACCAUCCGAUAAAAAGAAGAAGGAAGAGAUGCUGCGUGCCAGGGAAAGACGAAUGAUGCAAAUGUUACAAGGCAGAGGCGGUGGAUCUCCGUCUCAUCCGAGCAUGAUGGGAGGUCCAAUGCCAGUUCGUGGGCCCUCACAGGGACCUCGGGGUACUGGUGCAAGUAUGCGUGGACAGAUGGGACGAGGCGAUUAUGCUCUCCAGGAAAUAGAUUAUGAUUACGACUAUUACGGUUAUGGGGAUUAUCGAGGUGGCUACAGUGAUCCCUAUUACGAUGACUAUUAUCGAUAUGAAGAUUACUAUUUCGAUUAUGCGCCGCCUCCGCCGCCUGCCAGAGGGAGAGGCAGGCAGCCUCAACCGGCUGGUCGUGGCCGUGGAGUAGUGCCACGUGGCCGAAUCGGUGGCCCGCAAGCCCGUGGGCCAGUCAGGGGGGGACGCAACCCCGCAGCUUCAGGGGCCCGUGGGGUCCAGCGGCUGGCCGCUCGUGGGGGGGUCCGCGCCAAGGGAAGUUUACCAGGUGAGGAUGCAGGUAAACGAAAAUUUGACGGGGGUCACCAGAACCAGGGGGAAUCUAAGCGUCGCUUCCAGAGCAAUUGGGGAAACCAGCCCCUUGCCCAACAACCACUGGGCAAUGCAUAUGGAUUGGCGAGUGUAAAUGGUGGCAGUGGUGGUGGUGGCGGUGACAUAGCUUUCGGAGGUAGAGCCGGCACACUCGGCGGUGUUUCCGGCGACGAUCACGAAUGGUAUCAAGACUCUUACCAGUCGUGGAGCUAACUUCUGCAAUCCUGUGAGUGAUAAAAAAAUAUGCACGAACAAAUGCAUGAUAAACGAAGUGAGAAACAAAAAACAUAAAAUAUAAGGGAAAAAAUUAAAAUAAAAUCAGACUGACGAAACACGUAGAGAGAGAGGGGGGGGAGGGGGAACUCGAGAUGAAGGGAAGGAAAGAAAUCAUCCAUUUGUAUUAUUAUCGCUCUUAAUCGAAUUCAAAUAAUUGUAAAUGUUUUUUCAUAUUAAUGAUACGCAGCAACUAUAUUCUGCGCCACCACCAUCGCCCACUGUUAUUGUGAUUAUGUACAGUGAUGUGCCACUGAGACUAAUUAUUAUAUCGGAGUGUGACCACCCACCCACCCCGUACUAUUAUUAUUAUUAUGAUACUAAUACUAAUCUAAGUACCACUACUGCAUUGUCACAUUGUUUACUGCCAAGUGAUGAAGAUCAGCGAUGUUGACAUAGGGAUUGUGAUGGCUUGUAUUAGUUAAGAGAACUCAUGGAAGCCUGCGGUUUAUUACGCGAUGACUAGAUGUUUUGAAUCUAUGUGACGAAGCAUGUGUGUUAGAUAGGACGAAAUAAAUAGCAUGAGGGAGAAAAACGGAGAAGUUAUAAACGAAAGAUAGAAAUUGAAAAGACGGAAGUUCAACUUUGAAGAGAUAGAAAAUGUAGUGGUCGUGUAGACAAGCAGAAGGCGCAGGGCGAGAAUGCGAUAUUUAGUAAAUGUGUGUGAGAGAGAGAAAGAAAGAGAGAAAGAAAGAGAGAGA